AUGCCGGUUAAACGCAAAGCCGGCGAUGCAACAGUCAAGCUGCCUUCCAAAUUUGCUAAACUUACACCAGAUGCCGAAUAUGUGAUUUCAGAUACUUCAUCGCGGUUCGAUAGCGAUGAUGACAGAGACGAAGAAGACGAUGGCCUCGAUGACGAAACACCCGCUACACCUUUCUCACGAACUUCUUCGAAAUAUCCAUCCGAGCUAAAGACACAUCUUUGUCCAUUCGAUGGUUGUACAAAAGCAUUCAACAGGCCAGCGAGACUACAAGAACAUUUACGAUCCCAUAAUAAUGAACGGAUUUUCCACUGUACGUACGACAACUGCGACAAGACGUUCUUACGCGUGUCUCAUUUGAAUCACCACAUCAAGAGCGCUCAUACUGCGGUUCGCGACUAUAUCUGUGACCGUCCAGGUUGCGGGAAAGCAUUUGUGACUGGCACCAGACUCCGAAGACAUUUAGCCGCUCACGAUGGAAGAGACAAAUUCCGCUGUACCGAGUAUCCACCGUGCAACGAAACAUUUCGCAAACAUGCAACUCUAGCUCAGCAUAUCAUGUCGAUACAUCUCAAACAGAAACCCUUUCCCUGCCAAUAUAUCAAUCCAACCACGGGUCAGAAAUGCUCCCAAGCCUUUGAUACAGCUGCGCAUCUACGCGGUCACGAGAAUCGGGUUCAUUCAGAGAGUCGGUUUACCUGCACGGAAUGUAUGAGUAGUGAUUUGAGUUUUGCUUCUUAUGCGGAAUUGCAGGCACAUAUCAAGUCUGUACAUCCACCGGAAUGUCCGCACUGUUCCUUUCAAUGUGAGACUUCUCGAGAACUCCGGCGUCAUUUGGAGAUUUCCCACGGUGAUGUUAGCCUGGAGGAACGACGUCAGUUUUCCUGUACAGUCCCUGGAUGUGGACGAAGUUUUACAAAGAAAGGCAAUCUUGCCGUUCAUGUUCGGACGGUUCACGAAGGCGAGAAACGUUUUGUAUGUGGUGAGACGGACCUGUCAUCGUCCAAGAAAGUGGAGGGAUGGACUGGAGCAGAUGCAUGUGGAAAACGCUACAGCAGCAAAAUUGCCUUGGAGGAGCACGUCCGCACAACGCAUUUGGGCCUCAUGAACAGUAAAGCCGAACAACGAGAGCGUCUCGGUAUCAAGAAAGAACCGAGCAAACGCAAGACCAAUAACAACGUCUCGGCCAUGACACUUCUUACCGGCGAGGGAUAUGCCGACGAAAGCGGUCGACACAUUGCUUGUUUUGCUUCUGAUUGCCGGUAUCGCUUCUAUCGAGAGUAUGAUCUCUGGGUUCACAUGCGCAGCAAGCAUGGAUACGAGGAGCGGGAUAUCGAGAACUUAUUUAUGGAACGGGCUCUUUUGGCACAUGAGAAUACCGACACGGUGUUCGGUAUCUACGGGUUAGAAUUUGAUAACUUGCAGAAUCCUAGCCACAUCUCUGGAGACGGCGGCGACCAAAUCCCAUCAGUCGAUGCACCGCAAGGCGCUGCACCCCCUUUCUUCCAUGAUGCGAAUGCCAUGAGUAACGAAUUUGACGAGAAAAUGAACGACAUCACAUUCUUCCAUUCUUUAGAUGAGAGCCUGGCACAGCCCCAAGGGAAUGCACCAUUCGGCUUCGUUGCUGACGAUGUUUUACAGAGCAACGAUGGCUUUGCAUUUGUUGAUCCGGCGUUAUCUCACUGA